AUGAUCGAUAGCGCUAGUUUGGAGAAAACGAGUUAUCCAGAAAUGGAACACGGGGGGAGCCAACCGUCAGCUAUUUAUUACUCUUUACCCAUCUCUGCAGACAAGAAAGAAGCUGUUUACUUCUUACCUAAUAUUUACAACAUGUUAUGGAAACUCUUUGGCUCAUCAAGACAAAGAAGCCCUCCUUCCCAUCCGACAAAAUCAGAUUCCAGAAACACCCAACGUGAUUCUCCUCCUCCAUACACACCAGCAGCAUCGCAGACUCAUGCAGAUACCAAAACUGAUGACUCUGCAUACUCAUUCCUAUCCAAAUUCGAUACCAUUUUUCUCGUCGAUGACAGUGGCAGUAUGGCCGGUCGAUCCUGGAAGGAAGCCGAAGAAGCUAUCGCCGCCAUCACGCCUAUCUGUACCCAAUACGACCCUGACGGUAUCGAUAUCUAUUUCCUGAAUCACUGCAGUAACUUUGACAGAAGUAGUGGAUAUACACACGUCAGCUCACCGGCCGCCGUACAGGAAAUCUUCCGAAAUGUUCGGCCCAUGGGUAUGACACCCGUCGGUCAACGUCUACGUCAGAUUUUAUUCCCUUAUCUUCGUCGUAUAGAGAAGAUGGAUACCAAUAUCGACGAAUACGGUCAGCUCCAAGACCAAGCUUUGGCUGUUCAUCCUAUCAAUAUCAUUGUCAUCACAGACGGCGUAUUUAGCGAUGACGCCGAGAGCGUCAUAUUGGAUGCAGCACGAAGUCUAGACAGAUGUCAAGCGAUCCCCUGGCAAAUCGGAAUCCAAUUCUUCCAGAUUGGCACGGAUGAAGCUGCUAUGAAACAUCUGCAACAGUUGGAUGAUGAGUUAGGGAAGGCUGUCAAGAGUGAUCAUGUUAGAGAUAUUGUGGAUACGGUGCCAUGGAAGGGGCAGACGGGUAGGACGCUUUCGAGUGACGGGAUUUUGAAGGUCGUGUUGGGAGCCGUUAAUAAGAGGCUUGAUCGGCAAAAGGGGCUUUAG